AUGACUGAUUGGAAGACACUUGCGUCAGCUCAUGCUUCCAAGCAGCUGAGUUCCAUUCCUUCCGACUGGAUCCUUGACGGUGCCAAGUUGCGGGAAAUCAGUGGAGCAGGAACACCAAGAGAAGGUCACCUGGUUGAAUUGGAUGCUGCUCGAAAGUCUGGACUCUUGAGUGAGGAAGAAUUUACCAUUACCCAGGACUUCAGUGCUACCAGUAUCUUGGAACAUAUCCGUCAUCAAAAGUUCUCUGUAGAAGAAGUCACUCUUGCUUUUUGCAAGAGGGCCGCUUUGGCCCAACAGCUGACUUCUUGCUUGACUGAAAUUCUUUUCAGUGAGGGUAUCGCAAGAGCGAGAUGGCUGGACCAGCAGCUGAGAGAGACAGGCAGAGUUGUUGGCCCUCUACAUGGUCUGCCAAUCAGCCUCAAGGAUUGCUUUCACAUCAAAGGGUAUUACGCUACAGCUGGAUACGUGGAAUAUCUCAAACGCCCGCCGCCCACCACCAACGCAGCACUAGUGCAGAUCCUUCUUGAUGCUGGGGCAGUUCUAUAUUGCAAGACAAACGUCCCGCAGACCAUGACGACAGCCGAUUCGGAAAACAACAUCUUUGGCAGGACAUUGAAUCCUCACAACACCUCUCUCACCGCUGGUGGCUCUAGCGGAGGAGAAGGAGCCAUCGUAUCUUUCCGGGGGUCUCCACUUGGCAUAGGAAACGACUUGGCAGGCUCUGUUCGCAUCCCUGCCCUUUGCUGUGGUGUCUACGGCUUCAAGACCACUGCAAACCGCAUCCCCUUCGCGGGACAGACACACUACCCCUUUCCAGUGCCUUGGCUCUCCAGUGUGAUGCCAGUCAUUGGCCCCUUGGCUAAUUCACUUGAUGACUUGCGCCUCUUCAUGGAGACAGUUUCUAGAUGUGUGCCGUGGAAAUACGACGCCACGGCCCUAAACAUCCCCUGGCGAAGCCUUGAUUCCAGCCCCGACCGAAAACUAACCAUUGGUGUUAUGGCUGAAGAUCCCGACUAUCCUUCGCAUCCUCCAGUCCGGCGUGCUCUCACCAAAGCAACUUCCAUCUUGCACGACGCGGGACACACUGUUGUUGACCUACCUGCCAGCUCUGGGCGAUGUGCCGGCCUCGGUGCUAGGAUUGGUUAUCAGUUCUUUGGCCUGAGUGCUUCUGGCGCCAAAGAUCUCUCAAAGGAGCUUGGAGAGCCUUUGGUUGCUUCCGUGGCAAGCCAGAUGCAUCUCUUUUCUCGAGGUGGCCUGCCCGUAUCGCCAGAGCUGGGAAUUCCGGAACAGUUGCAUGCGCUCAACAUCGCACGGGGCAUGUACGCUGAAGCCUGGAAGCAGUCAUGGCUGGACAACCAGCUCGAUGUGAUUCUCGCGCCCGGUGCAGUGAGCACGGCUGUACCUCAUGAUACCUACGGCAUCCCCGUGUACACCGUGAUGUGGAGUGUUUUGGAUGCAAGUUACCUUUCUUAUCCCGCAGCGGUUAUCCCCUUUGGCAAGGUCUGCAGAAACAAGGAUCCCGAGUCCCAGGCCGCAACAACUCCAUUUGUUCCUGACUACACCCCAGAGGCAAUCGAUGGCGCGCCAUGUUCGCUGCAGAUUGUUACUCCCACUCUGCAGGAUGAAGAGUGUUUGAAUGCAGCAAGCAUUAUUCAGGGAUGUCUGAGCCGUGGCAACUAG